CUUUGAGGUCGUUGUUGUUCAGAUGAGAACAAGAGACCAUCCGUAUUGAAGAAAAGAAGGACCGAGAGCAAGAAAAACUACGAUCUUGCAACUUCAACUACAGUUGCGAUAGAAGAUCAAAGACAAGAAAAAAAAUGUGACUGCGACGUCCUCGUCUUCUUGCCAAUAACGCUUGGUAGAGGAGGAUACAAAGUGGAAGACACAACAUCCAGAGCUGCGCCACCACGGAACGGCGUGUCGAAAGCGAUGUUAUAUGCUGAGUGAAGUUUUGGUCUCCUGCUCCUGCCCAACAUAGGCACACUAGGCUGAACGAACGAACGAAACCGACCUGAUGAAGUGCUGAAUAUGGGCUUAUCACGCGGCUGGGUGACCACCUGUGCUACCUGACACUGCUGUAAGAGCAAAAUUAUCUAAACUCUAAGCGUAAGAACGACCACCUACUAGAAGGUCUCUCUGUAGUCCUGAAGAAGAAAAUGUUAUGCGCCAAAUUUUUUGGUCGUUUCAAGGACGAGCAUGCAGAGGAGGAUGAGGAUGCGCCUGUCGAGGAUGACGAAGAAGAGGGAGAGGAUAAGGGAGGCUCAGCGACCAUUCAGCUGGCACCACAUAUGAGACCAGUGCGGGUGGAGGUGACGAGAGAUGGGACUACGGUACGCAGAUAUAAUAAUUUUAAUAGUGAGUGUAGUUAAAGUUAAUAUCAGAGUAGUUUAUAGCACGCAUGGAGUAGCAUGGAGUGCAUGGAGCGCAGAGCUUUAAGGGGCGCAAGAAGCUCCCCCUUUAGCUCCAUGCCACUCCAUGUGAUCCAUGCACUCCAUGCCGUGCGAGCUGUGAAACCUUAGAAAUUGCUCUGAGAUAUAAUGAUUUUAAUAGUGAGUGUAGUCAGCCGUCCUUGUCAUGCGAUGCAAAUGCACCAUGAGCAUGCUGUAGUGGUUCUUGUUCAUGUACCCUUCGUCCCGUGAAGAUGAAACAAAAGGUCUUUGAUCAAUCGCAAGAGACGUGCAUUUACCUUUCUUACCAUUGCGUGAAUUUCCGCAACACGACUCUGUACAUCCAGGUCUACCAAGAGCUCUUGAAGAUUAGCGCUGAGAAAAAGCGGGAUUUUAGCAGUGGCAUGGUGGCUGCAAUCUCGGAUUUGAAUAAAGUGCACACUAUAGAGCUCGUAAGCUGCAAUGUGCGAACUAUGCCGAGAAAGCUCCCUGAGAUGUACGACUUGCGAAUCGUAUAUGUUCUUAAGGCAGUUCGCAAGUUGUACUACAAGGCAGUUGAACGAAGUGAACUCGGAAUAAACAGAAAGUGUGUACAAGGCAGUUGAUGUAAGUGAACUCGGAUGAAUAUUAAACAUAAAGUUCUUAGAAAACCUAUGAAAGGGUGAAAAAGUGCACUCACACUCAAAAAAGUAAGUAGCUUCUUUCCCACUUAAAUCUUAGCCAAUGCGAUGAGUGUGAGUGCACUUUUUCCUUUCAUACGUUUAUCUUCUAGGUCGUCCUUCUAAAGCCUAAGGCCAUCGCCUGAAAACCCUCGACCCCAGAUUAGGACUAGUUGAAAACCUGGAGGAGCUGACGCUUAGUGUAGGAGUGCUGAAGAACGUGGAACCUACAACCUUCGGAAUAGAACGCUUUCAGGCAUUGAGCAUGCUGAAUCUCAGCAAUAACCAAUUGGUUUUCUUACCUUCGGAUUUUGCGUUCUAUUUUAUGGCACUUGGUACUACAAGUGAUAUGAAACCAAAAUAUGUUAUCAUUAUCAUACUUUUCUACUUAAGAAACUUGAUAAUGAUAACAGAUUUUCUUUUCAUAAGUGAUAGUACAACUGAAGUAGAGAUCUUUGAAAAAACGAGUUUUUCGCCUGGAAAAGAUUAAAGUUUUGGACGUACUCGUACUUGCCACUCAUCAUGAUAAGCAUAAGUGCUUCAGAUUCCGCCCGCAGGGCCGUCUGUAGGUCUGUGGAUAGCCGUCCAUCCUUCUCCUAAUAAUAAUAAUGAUAAGCAUAAGGCCGUCGGAUUGAUUACGACGGCGAAAAAGCUCUAACCUCCGCCCCCAUCUCGAGUACCUCGAUGUAAGCCGGAACAAGCUAGUCAAGUUCCCCGACGCCUGGCUGCUUGGACCCGCUAGAUUCAGCAUGCAGGUUUUGCUACUAGAGCACAACAAGUUGAAAGAGUUACCCGAAGAUUUGGGUAACCUCAAAGAAUUGAGGAAGCUUUUCGUCUCCUUCAAUCAACUCGUGAAAUUGCCGAAGAACAUAGGGAAUUGUCGUAAGUUGGAGAAACUCCGCUUCGUCCAGAACAAACUAGAACGCUUGCCGUUUUCCAUUCUCGACAUACCAGAGAAGCACUUGACCGAGGUCUUAGCAGAGAGAAACCCCUUAAAGGUACCAUCGCUGACGUCGUUCAAAAUGGGAGGCAUCGAGUUGGCGUUUCAGCUGCUUAGGGAAGCGAGAGAAGCAGAAGAGAAGGAAUUAGCGGCUGCGGCACUAGCUGGUAGUGCCACAGGUGGUGUGGAGGAUGAGUCACUCGGAAGAAAUCUUCACACAGGAGGUGUUCCAGCAAACGUCGCAGCUGAAGGCAGUUGUGCAGCACCAGCCGGAGGCGGUGUUGUACUAGCAGCUAGUGGUGCGGGCGGAGCGGGAGCCACUUCAUCUUCUUCUCAGCCGGUGAUAGAACAAGGUGCAAAUCCAGCGGUUGGAGGAGGAGGAGCUGCUUCCUCAACGAAUCCAGGUGGUGGACAAGCAUCCUCUACUGGACCGAUCAUCAGGACCGGAAACGAGUACUAUUUCCAUAAACUAGAGGGGAAACAGACAGCCGAGGUGAGGCAGAUCGAAAACUCGCUUUUGAUAGCGAAGAAGAAAGACGGAAUCGAAAAAGUGAUAGCACACGCGAAUAAUAUGCUAUCCGGUGGUGUCGGUGGUCGGGAUUCCAAGAGCUUACCUGAAGACGAGCGAGAACGUUUGGAGUUCUUAGCCAGUUGCGAUGUCAGCAGUUAUCACGAAACAAUCGCCGUUGCAGAAGUGGACUUGUAUUUCUACUUACUGGUGUAUGCAACAAAGCCGUUGUAUUCGAGCUGCGCAACUCUUUUUGUUAAGGGAGGUUUGUUCCGCACUGCUUCUAUCCUUGUUGGCUCUUAUUUCCUAGUGGUAGAAAAGAAGCCCCCAGGGACGACCGGAUGUUCUCAGGAACCAAGUGAUCCAGUUCCAUGUUCAUAAACAACGGAUCUUCAAGGCAAAGCCGCAAGCGCAACCUCUAAGUUCGACAAAUUUGACGUGGGAGACAAGGGGUUCUGGACGGAACCUGAAUGGCAGAAUUUCUUGAUGAAAAUGCCAAUAGCGUUGCCGGAUCACGUACAAGCGCAGAUGUGGAAGAUUAAGGCUUUCGCCACUAAUUGAUUCAUUUUUGACUGCAUUCUUGAUGGAGACCUCCGCGAGCUCUAAGGAGAUCUUGAGUGCCGCUUUCUCAACGCCUGGCGGCGGGUCGACAGGCGGUGACGGAUCCGUCAUUCCGCUUACCGUCUUUGUAGCAGCUUAUCACUUGCAUGAACUAGAACAGAAAGACCCGCAGUUGAUGAGAAUAACGCAAUUGAUGAAGCUGGACUACUACGACAUGGACGUAGCGGAAAUGGAAAGGAGAUUGAGCGCGAAGAGCUGUAUUUCUGAAUACUUUUUUUAUACUUGUACUUACUGCGCUCAAAGCACUAAGUAAGACAACCGGUUAGUUUUCACCUCGACUAAAUUAGGUUUAUCCCGAGCAACAAUAUACUUGUACUUACUGUCAGAAUUAGAGGUAGUCGUGUACUUAGUCGUGCUGUUAGUCUUAGUUCUUGAAAGAUGAGGUCUGUAGUCUUAGUUCUUCAUGUUGAAAGAGGUGUGUACAAGCUGUUCCUGUACUACUCACAAUUGCUUCGUCUUCGCAUGAUUCUUUCAUCGGGGCAACCACGACAACAUAAACUACGUCAAGGUCAACUAUCUAUAAAUAUGUUCACGACCGUCACACUACUUGACAAAAACAGCCGGCGAUGCAGAACCGACUUUAGACUUUAAUGCCGCAGCUGGACCACGUAGUGCUGUGACGAUACGGCAUGAAGAGGGUGAGGGGACUCAUGAGCAUUCGACACACGAUCACGGUGCUGCCGUAAGUAGUCAGACGGCCGACAGGGAGAGGGAUGCCAAAGUUAAGAAGUUGAGUGAAGUGCAGGUACUUGUUAAGAUUAUAGAGCUUUGAUGGAGUGAGGUAUUUUGAGAUGGAGUUUGAAAGAAUCGCUUCAAUGGUGAUAGAUGAAAUGAACAAUUCACGUCUAUCUUUCUCUCGAUGUUUCUCUCGAUGUUGCAUCAUGCUUUCCACUACACCAUCGCUUGCUGUGGUGAGUCCUUCAUGCUGUCUCCAGCUUUUUUGUUGAUUGCGAAACGUACUGCGCCCCUAUAGGUGGCCAGAAACAAUUUCUGAAAUCUCCAAAUCCAAAUCGCAAUGCAUUCACAAUGAUCUUCUAUCAGGUCUUCCUCGACGGUCCCGCCUACCUGACCAAGCAGCUAGGCAGAGGAGCAGGCGAUUCCUCAGAUGAUGCGGAUGAUUUUGAGCUCAAGUCCGAAAAUCUGAGCGAGUCUAGCGACGGCUCCGACAUUUCCUUUGAUGCAUUAGAGCACUUGGCAGUAGUCGUCGCUGAAGAGGAGGAAAAAGAAGCAAAAAGUGCCAAAACGCAAACUGGCGGCGAUCUUCACUCCAAAGCAGGGAGACGAGAUGCUAUGAACGCAUUGUCACAAGUGCAUAUGACGCCCUCAGCGGAUGGUGGACCGCUGACAGCAAUGUCACCAGGUGGGGCUGAGGCGGAGGAUGAAAGAGGUGGAGGGAUGAAAGGGUUGACGGGAGGUGGAGGAGGUGCGCCUGGUGGUGCAGGAGGUGGCAAGGACAAGGACAUGGAAUUUGACUUGCAUGGAUUAAUGACUCAAGAUCUGAGUGCAGUCGUGCCAGCAAAAUACAUGACAGAAGGAUCAUUGGAGAAGAGGAGGGCCUCAAUUUAAGGCCAGGUUGGAUCGGACCACUACGCAGAAUCCAUCAUCAUACAUGUUGGUCAUGUACAUUUUACAGCAACAUCAAAUGAUGGAAGUGGAACAGUUUUUUUUACAGCAACAAAUGAUGGAAGUGGAACAGUAAUAACAUGAUGAAUGAUGGAAGUGGAACAGUACUUAACAUGUUCCCUUCCUUCCUCUUUAAGAUGGCAUCUUAGACUUGUCCGCGAUUCGAUCGCUAUGAUCUCUAACCCACGGGCACCUGGACACAACCUGACACGUCGGGAGGGCGUGGACUUGGAUUUCUCGGAAGCUCAUCGUCCUCCUACGAUCCGGCUACUGCAUCAAUUGCCGCAUCAGCUGCACCAAGUGGGACAGGGGCGGGAACGUCAGCGGCAAGUCAUAAAGGUGGAGGAAGUAGUUAUGGUUCGUCCUCCAUUAUUCUUAGAAUUUGGCAGGUUAGCUUAGGUUGCGGAUCCUGCACAUUGAGCCCCCUGGCUUCCAGGCUCAACUCCGAGGAUGAUGGGCGACUUGAAAUAAACUCAGCAGAAGCACCGAGGCGGUGACUUGAGUAAAAAGUCGUGAACACAAGAAGUUGAGCUGCUUCAUCGAAUAACUACUAGCUUCUGCAAUCGGCAUAUUAAUAGGAUAGUCGUUCCGUUCUUUUUAGAAAACAACGUCUUAUUCCUAUUGUUUCGUCCUCUAAUCCCUUUCCAAGCGUCGCGGCCGUGCGGCAGUGCUUAGUAGGCGGCAGAAAUCUGAUAGGAGGAAAGCGGAAAGGCCAGCGAUAUUGGACCGGCGUUUUCGGACGGAUGUUCUAGGAGUCCGGAAAGGUCUGAGAGCAGUUUACCGCAAUGUGCCCAACGAAGACUACGCGCGAGCAGUGAAUUACAUACUCAAGUCCUUGAAGCACAUGAAGUCAGAAAAGUCAGAGGGAAGUGCGACUUAUUGGUAGUAGUAGUACUCGAAUAUACUUCAUCUUUUCUUGUUAUCAACGACAACAUGAUUUACUGAUCAACAGCGCUCAUGCGGAUUCUGUUGCAUAACUACAUCGAGGACACUCUUCUAGGGUGCUUCCUCGUCUUCCAGACACAACGCAUCUCUUUCCUCACCUCCUCCUCCAGGCACGCCCUCGACCCAACUUUCAAGAAUUCUCUCGGCAGCAAUGCUUAUUGUGUUCGGUUGAUUGAGGUUAUGGGCUUCAUACUUUUGCACAACGCCUACUGGAUAUGGCCUAGCAUCCAUUUAACCCCAGUGGCGGCAGCAACCCUAGUACCCAAGAACGCACCAGGCAUGCACAGCGAAAGAUUGGACGAUAUGAUCCUACUCUUCACACUCACAAGAACAGAAAUGCUUCGCGUGGGUGUGGAGAAGUUUAAUGGGUUUGUUCCUUGAAAGGGGAGGACAUGAGGAGCACGACGGGAUCGACCUUAGAAAGAAUCACGAUAGAAGAAAUGAUGAAAUUAAAUUUGCUCUCAGCAAACGAGACAUUCUCAAUGGCAAUGAUAUCGAAUUUGCACAUAAUCCGGACUCAAAUUUUGAGCGCUUACUCGAUGAUUACUCAGAAAAAUAACGCUAACUAUAUCUAGAAUUGUUACUCCUGAAUAGAAUUGGACUACUCGUGUGUGACUUCCUUCUCUUUUACUCGAUUACAACUUCUGCAUGAUGAAUACUUUUUUGUACAAAGAACACUGGACGGAUCAUCGAUGUGCUAGUGUGGAUCGGUUUUUACGCCUUUGUGACGUGCUCCAUGCAUGCAAUAAUCUUACGCGUUACUCGAAGAGAACGAAUACAUUCUAUGAUUGCAAGUUGUGGCCUGAGAUGUCCUGAGACGCCCAGAAGCACUUUCAGGAAAUCAUAAUGUUGGCAGUACAUGAACAUGAUCUGCAUGUACAGACUAGAUGAUGAAUUGUGAAUCCAUGUCAAACGAGAUUGAAGAGCAAAAUCACGAUCUGGU